UCUAACAGGAGUUUCGAUAUUUACUGUCAUAGUUAGUGUAGUGGCAAUCAUAAUGAAACUGACAAAUGUACAAGUUGAAGUAACCCUGAAAUCUAUUCAUCGAAAACCAGAAAGACCUGUCAUAUAUUAUGCCGCUCCGGCGGAUGAGAACAAUCGCAACGUAUACAACACAACUGAUACAAGUUUUGAAGAACCAGACGAAGAUCCUUAUUCGCAUUAUGAAGAAAUUGCCGAUAAUUAUGAAGAGCUUGGACGCAAUGUUGAUAAUGAGCAGCAGUAUGAAAUAUCGCAUACUUACUUUGACAUAGAAUUAGGCCAACCAGAUCAAAACAGUGAAAAAUCCACAAAAUCAUGACUUUGACUCUCAACACAAAGAAACUUUCUAAUUUUCUGAUACGAACAAUAUUUAAAGUUGAUGAAUUAAAAUGCGACAAAUGAAACAGAAUGAGGUUUGUCGAACGUGUAGAAAUAUCAGUUGUAACCGCCCUUUGCUUUUUGGAUCAACGGUACUCUUACAUGUGCGAAAUAGUCUUUUAUUUAGUUUGGUGCACAAAUAUAUUAUCAAAAGUAAACGUUUUAACCCUUAAUGUUAAUGCUUCAUCGCUCAACCAAAGCAUUUCACUCUGUAUACAUUACAAUAAUUCAUGAUUUUUUUCUCAUUAAAUGUUUUUUUCUUCUUCUUUCACCUUUUUCAUAUUCAUAUAUUUAUUACAGAGCA